AUGAUCCAGGCAACCAUUUUCCAGCAGGAGUCUGAGGAGCGGGAGUAUAAGGAGCCAGAGUAUAAGAACCCAGAGUAUAAGGAGCCGGGGUAUAAGGUGCCAGGUGAGCCAGGGUAUAAGGUGCCGGGGUAUAAGGAGCCAGAGUAUAAGGUGCCGGGGUAUAAGGAGCCGGGGUAUAAGGAGCCGGGGUAUAAGGAGCCGGGGUAUAAGGUGCCGGGGUAUAAGGAGCCGGGGUAUAAGGAGCCAGAGUAUAAGGAGCCGGGGUAUAAGGAGCCAGAGUAUAAGGUGCCGGGGUAUAAGGAGCCGGGGUAUAAGGAGCCGGGGUAUAAGGAGCCAGAGUAUAAGGAGCCAGAGAAUAAGGAGCCAGAGUAUAAGGAGCCAGAGUAUAAGGUGCCGGGGUAUAAGGAGCCGGGAUAUAAGGAGCCAGAGUAUAAGGAGCCAGAGUAUAAGGAGCCAGAGUAUAAGGAGCCAGAGUAUAAGGAGCCAGAGUAUAAGGAGCCGGGGUAUAAGGAGCCAGAGUAUAAGGAGCCAGAGUAUAAGGAGCCAGAGUAUAAGGAGCCAGAGUAUAAGCACUCAUCACUUUGA